AUGAAACCCGAUAAAGAAGAAUCAACUAGUAAUCAAAUACCAAGAUAUUUAUCAAAAUAUUAUCAACAAAAUCCAAAUGAAUAUCAAAAACAAAUAUUUGAAAAUCUUACUCAAGCCAAAUAUGAAAAAGAAACAGCUAAAUUUGAUGUAGCUAUAUUAAAACAACGUAUUGUUUAUAAUCAUUUACCAACAUCAUUUGAAUCACUUAAAAUACCUCCACCCAUAUCAUUCGAUACAAUUACUGAUACGAUGACUUGUCAACGUUUAAAGGAUCGAUGUGAGAAAAUUUUACAACGAACGAAAUCCGAAAUGAUGAUGAUUUAUAUUACAACAGCCGAAACAAAAAUGAAUGAAUAUGAAAAGAAAUUCGAUACAGACUUGGCUAAAAUGAAAGAAAAUCAAUGUUCUGGUCCAUCACAUAAAAAAUUAACUCAAACAAUGUUGAAUAUUAUGGAACGACGUUUUAAGAAUAUUAAUGAACGUCUUAUAUGUCUUUACAAAUUAAAAUUACGUUUUUUCGUCAAUGCUCCGACGGAACAAGUUACAUUUCUUAAUCGUGGACCAACCUAUGUUCCACCAUGUCAAAUACAUAUUUUAUCAAAAUCUUCUUUACUACUGGCUCAAAUCGUUACGAAACAAAUGGCACCACUUCAACGAGAACUUGCAAAACUUUUCAUCAAAUAUCCAAUCGAUCUCUCUCAUCAAAUGCAUUUUGAAAACGGGAUUGAACAAUUAUUCAAUGAAUCAUUUCUUCAACCUAUGCCUUCUGUACUUGAAGAGCGUGCACUCUAUGAAAAACAACUCAUUCUAUCAAUUAGAUAUCAAUUAAAUAAAGAUCAAUUGAUUCUACGGCGAACCGCUGAUGAAAUGAAUACAUAUUAUCUUGGUCGAUUGAAUGAAUGUAAUCAAAAAUCGAAUGAAUAUAUUCAGAAUUCAACUUGUUACGAACUGAUUGAAACAAUUAAUGAAAUUAAUACAGCACAACAACGAUUAGAAGGAAUUAUUCAAUCUAUUGAUUUACAACUAGAAAUAUUAUAUCAAAGAAAAUUGAUUAAAGAAGAUCAUUUAAUCAGAUUAAGUAUUGGCAAAAAAACAAAUAUCAAUCUUCCAUAUCUUUAUUUCUUACCAGAAACAAAUGAAAAUGUUCAUAUGUCAGUACAACCACGACUAUCAUCAUGUCAGCAUUGUCCAAUAUAUACUACUCUAGCUACUUAUCUUAAUCAACUUCUUCAACCAUUAUUUGAUAAUUUUUCACGAUCAACAACAUUUCUUAAUGGUGGUGAUUUUAUACAAAAACUACAAUAUUAUUGUAUACAACUAGAUCUUCUUCUACCGAAAACAUAUUUUGCAACAUUUAAAAUUCAUGAUUUAUAUACGAUGAUAUCACAUUCGGCUCUUCUUGAAGCAUUAGAUAUAUUUCUAGUAAAUCCACUUGUCAAUGGAGGUCCAUUAAAUUUACCAUUAAUAGAAUUAUUAUGUCAUAUUUAUAUGCAUCAUUGGCAAUAUUCAUUAGUUACACAUAUUUGUUUGAAAGAUGCAUUCUAUGGUCGAUAUAAAGAUACAGGUUUUUUAACAUGGAAUGGUCUGAUUGAUCAAUUGCAAACAUUAUUCAAUAAACUUGAACAAGAACUAGAUUCGAAUCUUCAAAUGACAACAAUUAUUAGUAGUGAUGUUCAUUUUCUUCAUGCUGCUGUUGAAAAUCGAAAAGGAUCUUUACAUACUCAUGUGUAUCAUGAUUCAACAAUUCAACCAUUUUUAUUACCUUAUGAGCAUAGUCAUCCACGAUUAUUUCAUCGACAAUGGUUUCGAGCUGCUCUUAUACGUGCUGGUCAAUAUUGUAGUUCGUUCGAAGAUUUUCAAGACGAACGACUUUAUAUUGAACUAACAUUUCUGGCUAAUGGGUAUUCAUUAGAUUUUAUCAAGUAUCAUAUCAAACGAUUCUUGACAAGAUUUAAUCCAAAUGAACAAAAACCAAUGAAUUUGAACCGAUCUACAUAUCUUUCAUUUCGUAAUGAAUUAUUUCGUUGUAUCGAUCAACAAAAACGUGAUCUAUUCGAAGAACAACAACUACAAAAGAAUCAUCAAUUAAUUCAAUUACAUUAUCUUUUCGAUUGGGGUUCAAGAUGUCAAUUCAAUCAAAAGUUUUAUCAAUAUUGGUCUACUAUUCUCGAGCAAGAUCCAGAGUUUAAAAAAUAUAGAUUAAAAAUCAAACUUAAUACUAAACAUUGUUAUUCACGGAAUACUCUCUUGGCUCGAUCGAAUAAUACAUAUCUAUAA